GGGCGGAGGGAUGCAAGGGAGCAGGUUGACUUGGUACAUAAUAAGCCAGAGGAGAUGGUUGGUGAUGUCGGGGGUUUUCUUGCGUUAUCCUGAGAAUCCGGUUUAUAGCCACUGAUAUAUGUCAUGAAAUUUGUUAUUUCCCAAUUCCCUCCUUCGGAGGUUCGAAUAACGAUCUCCAGGAGCCGCAGAACUUAAGGAAAUGGAAAUUUAGCAGUUGGAAGUCUGAAAUUUGGGAAAUAAUAGAACAUUGUUUGAAACAUACAUAGAAAGAAAAACGAGGUUAAUAUUUCAGGUCUGAGGCCUUUCAACUGGAAGAGAAAGGUAACAAAACAAAGAAAGGUGGGGUAAGGGAUUGGAUUCUGUUCUGUAUUCAAACUCCUGUGUAGGAGUACCAAACAUAGCUGAGAUGAGUCAGAGAGAGAUGGCACGGAACCAGGCCCUUCAGGUCAUUGUCCAUGUUGAUCAAGAUGCCGACCUGAGCUUCUCCUGUUUGUCUGCAUUUGGCCUAUAUCCCUUUAACUCUUUCUUUUGUACAUUUCUUCUUAAAACUUGUUCCACAUGCCCACCAACCUGUGUGGGGGGAAAAAAUUGCCCCGAGGUUCCCUUUAAACCGCUCCCAGUUCAGUAUACGUAAACUUAUGUUCCCCAGUAUUAGUUUCCCUGACCCUAGGAAAAGGACUGUAAUUAUGUUGAUAAUUUUGUAUACCUCUGAUCCCAUUGUCCUAAGGAGCCGCUCCUUAAGAUACCUUGAAUUCUACAUAAACUAGUAUCCAUGAUGGAGCUGACUAAUUUUACAAAUUUCUGCAACUUACUUUAAUCUUGUACACCACACACACACACACCCUAGAUGGUGGUGCAGCAAGUCACUAUAUCUCCAUGGUACAUUUCUAGAAGUUUUUGAGUGCUUCAGUUGACAAACUAAAUCUCUCCAACUCCUAAUGAAAUAUGGCUGCUGUCUUGCCUUCUUUAUAGCUGUAUCAAUGUGGUGUGUUCAGGUUAGGUCCUCAGAGAUCUUGACACCCAGGAACCUGAAAUUGCUCACUCUCCCCACUCUGAUCCCUCUGAGGAUUGGUUUGUGGGUUUUUUUAAAAAAAGAAAAGAAAAUCCUUAGAAAGCAGUGAAAUAGGAUUGGAAGAUGUAGAGACAAGAAACUGCAAGUGUAAAAAGACGCUGAUGGGAGUUCACACAGGCCUCCGAACAGUAGGCAGGGUUUGGGGUAUAAAUUACAAUGAGAGAUUUAAAAAAAGGCCUAGAAAAAAAGCAAUGCUACAGUGUCAUAGGGGAUUUAAAUCUGCAAGUAGAUUGAGGAAAAUCAGAUUGCUGCUGGAUCCCUAGAGAAGUUGCACUCAGCAGCCACUUUAUUGGGUACACCUGUACACCUACUCAUUAAUGCAAAUAUCUUAUCAGCCAGUCACUGGGCAGAAACACAAUGCCUGAAAGGGAAUCCGUUGUUCAAAGCAAACAUCAGAAGAGGGAAGAAGUGUGAUUGCUGACUCUUGAAACACAACCUCAGAACGGUGUUGUACGUGCCACGCCGGCCGGUCGAUUCUCGCUUUGAGGGACGGGCUGCUGAGACUGAUUUCAGUCCAACUGAUGAAUCGCAAUGUGGCAUCAAGUGAUUUGUGGAGACAUAUUCCAUCAGUGUUCUUCAGCUGAGGACUAUUCCUGAAAUCCUGUUCUGCUGACCCUGGGACAGUGAAUGCAGUAUGGCAAGUGGAUCGGGCGAAUUCUGGUGUGACCAGUUUCAGGCCGAGGGCAAGCUUGAUCUGGAGACAGAAGAGGAGCUCGAGCUCCAGGCCCAGGAGUACGUGGACCGAAUCCGGAACCCUGACCUAUGUGGCCCCAGACCCCCAAGCUGCCCGCCGGAGCUGAGCGCUGAGUGUCAGCCUCGCAGCAGCAGGUCCAGCGCUUCUGAGCUGAGCGUGAAGUUGCGAUCCAGUCAGGUGCUGCCAACUGACAAUGUGCAAUCCAGCCUGCUCUCCCUCCCCUGGGAGAUUAUCCUGGAGAUCUUCUCCUAUCUAGAUGCCAGAUUUGUGCUUGGCGUCCUCCCAUUGGUGUGCCGAACAUUCCAAUAUGUCCUGACUGAUGAGGUGACCUGGAGAAUCCGAGCACAGAAGAUCCUUGGCUUGAGCUACCCAAUACUGGAAGGUAAAGAAUUUGAUUGGCCAACUGCAUGCAUUGAGCUUGAAGAACAUCUUUCCCAUUGGUCAGGCACCAAUCCCAAGGUGGAGCAUUUUACACUGAACGAUGGGCACUUUGCCUCGGUGGAUUGUGUGCUGCUGAUUCAGAACGCUUCACUCUGUAUUUCGGGAUCCAGGGAUCGGAACGUUAACAUCUGGGACCUAAGGCGUUUGUCCCAGGACGAUGAGAAGGUUCUGGUGAAAACUCUUGGACGUGAACAACAGGGAACUCACAGGGGCUGGGUCUGGGCUCUCGCAGCCCAGGACAAUAUGCUGUGCUCUGGAUCGUGGGACAGCAGUGUCAAGCUCUGGGACAUGGCUUCAGAUGGUGCAGCAGUCCGAGAUAUGAGCGGAAAAGCGGCUGUGCUCUGUUUGGUGUAUCUUCCCGACGUCCUGGUAGCAGGAUCAUAUGAUAAACUGGUCACCGUGUAUGAUCCACGAGUCGAUAACCCAGUGGUGGCCAGAUGGAAACUACACUCCAGUGCUGUUCUCUCCCUGGCAGCUGAUGAUCAUUUUGUACUGUCUAGUAGUGAGGACAGGACCCUGGUGGUAGUAGAUCGCAGAACUAAUCAUGUUCUACAAAGGCUACAGUUUGAUUCUUACCUGUUGAGCAUGUCAUAUGAACGUGGUGAGCUUUGGGCCGGGGACAGGUGGGGCUUGGUCCACAUCUUCGACCAACAGGAUGGUAAAUUCCAACAUGUCAAGUGCUUCAAUGUUGGCCAUCGUUCCCAGCUUACAGGAAUCAGACAUUCUGUAGGCACCCUGUACACUUGUUCAAUGGAUAAAACUCUUAAGGUGCACGUGCCAACGGCGCCACCUCACACAAUUUGCACUUUACCGCACAAUGACGUCGUGAAUGGGAUAAGUGUGGAGAAGGACGUGUUGGCAGCAGCUUCUGGAUCCAUGUGUGUGGAGAUCUGGAGAAUGACCAAGUGAUGAGGAUAUUGGCUUGAGCUCAGUGUUUUGGUUUCUGAAGAGCAGCACAAGGAGGUCUUCAGCCCCUGUCAUCAUCAGCAAGGCUACAGGUGGUGUCAGGAUCUUCAGUAAGAACCUCCACUGGCGUCAUAUGACUACAGACAACACCCCCAUCAUUUUCCUAAUGCAUUAAAUUCCUAUUGAAUGAGACACUUACACACUAAUAUUCUUCCUGUUGUUGCUUGAAUCUCUCCUUUCUCUUUCUGGGAGUGGAAGGUGCUAAGAGAGCAGAACUGGACAUCAAGAGCUGGUUGUGAUGUCAGUUAAUGGCCCUGUCAUUAUAUGCCAAAGUUUGACGCUACUCUGGUUUAGAUCAACUUUUCGUCCUGCAGAAAUUCCAAUCAAUGUUCUGGGAUCCUUCCACCUGCUUCUUUGACACUCAUUCAGAGACCUGAAGUUAUAACUGCAUGUUUAAUAUGCACCUAUUUUGGUGAGGGGCUUAGCAGUGGGCUGGGAAAGGUGAUACCCUCAAACGUUAAGUGACCAGUGGUGGGAUGUUUAUGGUGGACAUUCUGUCUGUUUUUCAGGCUGUGUACGCUGAAGAGCAACUCUUACUCGAGAUUGUGCUGACAUCUGGAUGAAGAAUCACACUGUAAAGUUCCAUGGCAUCACACUACAGGCCAUGUAGUUCACUCCCACCCUCCAUUUCUCCCCCCUCUCCCUCUCCAUUGGUGAAUCAUUUCCUCUGGGAUUACAGGGAUUGUGCCUGUUCUGUAAACGGAUUUAGUGCGGGUAGUUACCCUUCAUCUUUGCCUUACCUGCAAGUUAGCACAUCUGCCUGAAUCAGAAAGUUGUGGGUUUAAUUCCUACGCCAGUGACUUCAGCACAAUAAACUAGAUUGACUGACACUGUCGUGCAGUGGUUUUGGACGAUCCCUCUGCUCUUCAUGUGGGUUCAAAAUAACUGUGGCAAUGCCUCCGACUUAGUUGUUCAUAAAAACCAUAUCCUUGCUGACGUGCAAUUCUGACGCUAGUUCUAUUUGCCUGUAUGCAAUCCUGGUACCUGAACUUUUCCUUGUAUACGGCACCGUACACAGAACGAGCUAUGGGUCUCACCGUGAUGAACCGACUUCAGCAUCAUCAACCAGUCAAUCUGAAUGUGUCCUUAGAAACAUAGAAAACCUACAGCACAAUACAGGUCCUUCGGCCCACAAUGCUCUGCUGAACAUGCACUUACCUAGGGUUACCCAUAGCCCUCUAUUUUUCUAAGCUCCACGUACCUGUCCAGGAGACUCUUAAAAAGACCCUAUCAUAUUGUAUUAUGACUUUUCCCCGUUAUCCUAGGAAAAAUUAACCUCUAAGCCAGUACUCCAGAGGCACAUUAUCUGGCCAUCCAACAUCUUGUUACUUGAGGUGUUCAGGUUUGUGCAAAUCAGUUGCCAAGUUUCCCAGGCAGCACAGCCUACUGAGAAAUGGGGCUUUGCGUCGGUUGGAAUCUGUGCAUAGGUUUCACCAUUGUUCUUCAUUUCUCUGAGGCUACGAAAGACACUGGAUAAAUGUAUCCAUGAAUGGAUUCCUUUAGCACUCCUUUUUGGGACAAGGUUGGUCAACUGAGAUUGGAGCUCAAGGCAGGCACUUUGAUAUCAUUUAGGUAACAGAACCCCAACUUUUUUUUUUCUCCCUAUGAGGCCACAAAUCCUCCACCAACUGACGUCCCUGAGAGCUGCGAUUUUAGGGUAGAAAAGCUGUCCGUUUGUCUAGACUCUGGCCUAAGACAGAUCUGUGUGGCAAUUGCCCAGCCUUGCUUGAAUCAGGUGGAGACUAAAUCUCUUUGCGGAUAAGAUAUGGCUCUGAACAAUAUUCAAGUGGAGCUGGUGAGUGGAAGAGGCGAAGAUGCGGAGAUGGUACCCAAAUAGCAGAAAGAAACUUAACAUAAGAGAAUGCUGUAAAUUUAAAUACUUGUAAGCGUCUUUGUUUUAAUAGUUGUCCAACUGCAUUCAAGACUUGUUCACUUUAGUCUGAGGAGGAGGAAAGGAACAUUAGUGUCCUGUACUUGGUCCUGUUCAAUGCCCUAGGCUCAAGAGGUAUUGCAGAUGCUGGCAAUCUAGAGCAAUACACACGACGUUUAUUCCCAUGCCCAAUCUGCUGAGAUCCUCCAGCACAUUGUGUGUAUUGCUCUGGAAUAUCUGUUCACUGUAUGCAGUUUUUGUGCCUGUACAUGUCGCUGUGGUGGAACUCUACUUCCAGCAUGGAGGCAGAGACACGGAGCUGCAACAUCAGGUGUAAUGGAGAGAUCGGGUCCUAUUAGAAGUGCUCUUCCUUUACUGCAUCCCUAGCCCUUAACUGGUGACACAACAUCGGGAGGGACCGUGGUGUAAUUGAGCACAGGAGGCUACAAUGAGAUGCUGACUAGUUAAGAGAUCAAACUAUGACAGGGAAGUGACCUUACUCGAGCUCAUUGACUGCUGGCCUGAAUCUUUUCCAGAGCUGUGGGCCUUCAGUUUCCCACAGAGAGUAACUGUAUAAAUGAGGUUAUCCUGCUCCACACUGCAGUGAAAGCACAAGUGGACACAGUAUUGAAAGUGCUGAAAAGCAAAAAUCUGCAGAUGACAGAAAUCUGAAACAUAAUCGGAAAAUGCUAGAAGCACUCAGCUAUCAGUAUUUCUGGAGAGAGGAAGAGUUAAUAUUACAUGAAACAUUAGCUCUGUUUGUCUUUCUACAGAUGCUGCCUAAUUUGCAGCAUUUUCUGAAAUCACUGAUGAAUCCCCAGGCUGUUACUGUGUCCCGUGUCUCAUCACUGGAUAACCCACACCCCAUGGAGAGGUGCACACAGGGCCCAGAGCUGACGUGUUCCGACCACAGGCGUGUUUUUUUUUGGCCUUCUGCUCUCACAGAUGCCUCAGAUUCAGAAGGUCAGCCGCAGACACUAUUGCACUGAGGGUAUGCUGUGUUGCCAGUGGGACAGCAGUGGGGUUGUGACAUCCACUGCAGGGGGCAGCAUUGAGAGUGUGUCACACUGUUGUAUGGGAUUCAAUAAAACUCUAUCUGAUCACAUCACUCUUCUUGUGAGCUUGCUAUACUAUUUCUAUCACUACAAGAGCAAAUUGACCUUAGAACCAUUCAAUGCCUAUCUUUAAUUUGCCCUUUGGUAUUGAUUUUCACCAGUAGACAGCCCAGCUCCAGGUUAGACAUGUCAUAAUCUUGAAGCUUCUUGCUGGUAUCAAUUCAUCAGUGUCUACACCCUCACUCCUCAACCCAGUUUGCAUUCUUCCCCAUCCCUUUUCCAUCACCACCAUUCUCUAACAAUAAAUGUUUCCUGUUCACCCUUCUUGGAGAAGCAACAUAAAAUUCUGGAUAAUUAACUGGAUCUUAGUGUCUGAUUAUCUUCGUGUUAUCCCUCCUCACCCUGACACUUUGAUACCUUUUGGAUUCAGUCUGCUGCUGUUGAACUGGGGAGGUCCUGCUGCUGUUGUGGAACGUGAGGAAACUGGGGCAGAUGCUAAUCAAAUAACUCAUCACCUCUCGCUCCUUAUUGCUGGAGCACUCUCAGUCAUGACAAACAGAAGGCUGAAGCUGAAUGAAAUGUGACAAAAGCCUUUAAUUUCCAACAA